ACGAAGGGUGCUGAUGGACUGCUGUGUGGACAGGAGAAGGGCUGCAGGACUUUAAGUGAAGUAGAAUCUGAAAUAGCUCUACUGCUGCCUAAUGACAGUGAGUGUAGGAUGUGUGAAAUCAUAUGAUUGGCAGGAAGUGGUUUCAGGAACUUGAAGGGAUAUACUCAAUACAGUUUGAUUGCCUAUUCUGUUGUGGAGAGGUAAGUGAGUGAACUAUUUUCUCUUCCACUGCAGGACAGAGUAAAUUCCUUCCUAACUUACUGUGCUCUCCUUGGAUUAUGUAAUGUACUUAGUGUAAUUUCCUAUGGCCGAAAAAGACAAGAAAAUUCAUACAUUCCUGAUGAGUUACUAAAAGAAGAGGAAAAUCCCUAUUACGCAGUAGGAUCACAGUGUUAUUUUGUCAAGCCUAGCUCAUAAACAGCAGUCCACUGAAGAAUUCAGUGUAAUAUACAUCUGUAAAUGACAACCCCCUACAGCUGCCUCCAAUACACAAUCCCCUGGACACUAGUAACACACAGUGGCCUGAGAGGGGGGCUCUGAGCUGCACCUGCAUGGAUGGGCAUGGGGAAACCAGAUGGCCUCAGGAAAGCACAGCAGUUGGAUGGUGUUUUCUUCAGCUUUAAGCUCCUGCUGCUUCUUCUCCUCUGCAAACAAGUGAGCUCCCAGUGCAAGAUACUGAGAUGUAACUCUGGUUUUGUAGCAGCAACACUGAAUCUGAGAGGAUCGAGUAAGAAUGCUGCUUACUGCAAUGCUCUACGCUCCUACUCCAGCUGCACCCGUAAGACAUCCCAUACCUGUCGUGGAGACUUAACCUACCAUUCUGCUGUCCAUGGAAUUGAGGAUCUUAUGAGCCAGCACAACUGCUCUAAGGAUGGGCCUGUCUCUCCUCCACGACUGCGGCCACCAUUGCCAAACCGUGAGGGAUUAGAACUACCAGAUGUCUGCAACUAUGAGAGGAACUUUCACUUUAAACAUGGAAAGAACACUAGUUAUGUAUACUGUGGGGUUUUUGGGGACCCUCACAUGCGGACAUUUUACAAUGAGUUCCAGACGUGUAAAAUUAAAGGAGCAUGGCCUCUGAUUGACAAUAAUUAUUUAGCAGUACAAGUCACCAAUACUCCUGUAAGGAAGGAUUCCAAUGCCACUGUUACAAGCAAGCUCACAGUUAUAUUUAAAAAUGUCAAAGAAUGCAUUGAUCAGAAGGUGUACCAGGCUGAAACAGAUAACGUACCCGCAGCUUUUGAUGAUGGCUCAGCAAAUGGUGGUGAAAGACAAGGUGGAAAUAGCCUUACAAUCAAUGAAAAAGUGCCAGAGCGUCACAUUGAGAUCAAGGCAGCAUAUAUUGGGACCACUAUCAUUGUCCGCCAAGUAGGAGAUCACCUGUCCUUUGCCAUUCGCAUGCCUGAGGAGGUAGCAACAGCCUUCACAGAAGAACAAGACUUACAGCUAUGUGUACAUGGAUGCCCAUAUAAUGAGCAAAUUCACAUAAUGCCUCCUCCCACCAUAUCAUCCCUUGUUUCCAUGGAAACAGCCAGGACAAAAUGCAAAGAGAAACUUCCAGUGGAGGAUGCUUACUUUCAGUCCUGUGUAUUCGAUGUACUGAUGUUGGAAGAUACUAACUAUACAUUAGCAGCCUAUAAUGCCUUUGAAGAUACUAAAACAUUGCACCCAGAUUCUGAAAAACUGCACAUUUUCAAAAACCACGUGCAAGGGUGCCCACCACUUUCAGUGUCUCUUUUCAUAGUUAGUUUAUUUGCUGGGCUUCUAGUACAACUAAUUUAACAGGUCUAAUGUUACAAAGAUGUACAGAGACAUAACGAGCCAUGGAAGAAAACAUUCAAUUGCUAUAGCUCAACAAAAACAGUAAAUAUAUUUUAGAGUGAAUUCAUAUGCCCAGGUGACUCCCUCAAGACAAAAAACACCUGAAGCCAUCAUCCAUCAUAAAAAUGCUAUUUUAAGAACCCUUCAGUACUUGAAAUAUCUCCUGCUUUUUUUUUUCUUUAGGCAAUGUUGUCACACAGCGUGCAAGUUAUCACUUAGCUGUAUCUAUCGCUAAGAGUUAACCAGAACAUUUUCAAAGCAAUGUCAGACAAUCUGUCUUUGUGGAUCAUUUUUUUGGCAAUGAAAUAAUAAUUUAGGAAGUUAAGCUUCAGUAUAUAACAACAAUCCUUAAUGCUGUUUUGCCUCUUUUAGCCUAGGUUGUCAUUGUUGAUUUUUAUGGCUCUUGGCUCAGACUUAUAAUAAUGACUAGCUGGUGUUUUGAUUUGUUUUUUUUUUUUUUUUUUUAUGUGUCUAGCACAAAAAGUCAUGUAAGUCUGAACUUAGUUGCUGCAUAGAACUAAUAAAACAGGUCACAGAAAAUAAAUAUAUUUGCUCAUGACAGAUCAAGAGUAUACCUUUGCUAAGAUACUCUCUUAUCACCUGCAAUAUAUUGGUUCUCCCCAAAACCAAGUAUCACAUCCUUUGAACUUCUCCUGCACAUUUCUUCCAAUAACUCAUUAAUGAGGGGUACCCUCAUUUUUUCACUUUUCUAGUUCACUGUUUUGCUUAUUUAAUUCUCUUUCCCAUCGUCAAGCCUUUUCCUCUAGUGACUCCAAUUUCCUGCAGUGUAGGCAGACACUGUGUGUAUAUCUUGGUCCUUUCUGAUAUUUGGAUUUCGAUGAGUUGUGCCUGUUCUCAUGUUUUCAAAUGCUAAAGCGCCACUGUCAAACCUUAAUACUUUAAAUGUUCUUACUUUUUCCCCAACAUGCUAUCAAUCCCUUUUUAAAACAACACUCAUUGAGAUGGGAAUAUCCUUUUAAUAACAAAUGCUAUAACUGUAGCCAGUAAUCUAAAGAUGACCUGACCAGUUCCUUUUGUGGUGGUAAAUUGGUCACCUUUCACUAUGUUUUGUUGCCAGCAGCCUCCUACACCACUGUCAGUGACACACACCCGUGCUGCUGUCAUUGUAGUUCUGCUUCUGUUCUGUGAACAGUCAUUUUCACAUCCAAACUGGUUGAGUGGUAGAUGCACCUAUGGUCUCUGUCUUUAUCUCCACCCCUGUACAUUCCAUUGCAUCUUUAGUCAUUUCAGCUUGUUGUAUUUUUUUCUCUUCCCAAUUAUCCUGUGAACAGUGCAAUAUAGAACACCAAACUGCAAAGAGACACAGCAUGGACCCUACAGAAUGCUACCAAUUACUUUUUCUUGCUCUUCCAUUGUACAUCUGGUUGCCCAUAUGUGUGUUCUGCAGUCAGCUACCUCUUGCAUUACUCUCUGUAUGCAUUCAUAAGAGACCAUGACAUUUGUUUGCAAGCUCUCAUACCAAGUUUUAUUCAUCUAGCGAGAGAACAUUUUCCGGUUUGUCUGCUAACAGUCGUCCCUAGGAAGGCCGUGAUGGCAUUAGUUCAGGCACCAUUUUCAGUAGGAACAUGGGCAGCAUCUUUCCUGGACUAAAUCUUAACACCCUGCUUUUAAAAUGGGUCAUUAGUGAAGCUAACAUAUAAUAUAAAGAGUCCCACUAGAAAGACAAAUGCUACACAUGAAUUAACAAAGUUCAAAUUAGUUCAUCUUCUAAAAAAGAAACUCAUAAUAUUUUAAGGGAAAAGUCGAUAUCACUACCCCGAAAUUUCAACUGCAAAACCUUCACUAAGGAAACUCCCACUGCUGAAGUCAUACAAGGAAAAUGUCAAUUCUUGUCUGAGGUACUUCCUGAAUAAACAUUAACUUUCAAAUGAUAGCUCCCUCAAAAUUCAUCUUAUUCUUAGUAGAUCUGCCAUUCUGUGCCAUGGCAAAAACCAAGGUGAUUUUAGAAAUCAAAAACAACUACAGGCAAUAUAUUGAUGUAACUGGGCUAUGAAUAUACUGUAGUACAACUUAUUUAUUAUUAUGACAAAACAGCAAGCAUAUAUCACAAAUAACUGCUGUGUGACAGUUGCCUGCAUUUAAUAUUACUCUUUUGAAUUCAUUUCUAAUUUGUAUACCUGGAAAUAUUAGGUAUUAUUGGUCACCUAGUGCCAUAUAAUUGUAUUUUAUGAUAAAAUAUGAAAGAUACUUUGUCAGAUCAGAAAUUCUGACCUUUCUUCUUUAAGUUACCUUAACUGAUACUUUUUUUAGAAAUUGGAUGUAAAUGUCACCAUUAAUGAAAUAAUGGCAGCUGUUAAUGACACAGAUUCAACAAAAGGCAGAAAUACUGAUGUAAAAGCAUCUUACCUGAGAAAACUAUGCUGUACAGUCAUUGAUCUCAAUACAGCUUCAAUGCUUAUGCUCUUUGGGCAACUGUAGGUACUUUUGCUGCUGUCAAACACAUUCUUCUUUAUACGAUGUCCAGCAUGCAGUGGUGUUUAGAUGAAACAGUAAACAGUAAUAUAUUACUAAUAUAGUUAAUUAUUUAAUUCAGAACUAAAAUGUAAGUUGGUUAAAGUAAUUCCAAUAAAGAAGUAGUUUAUUUUA